AUGAAGACAGCCUUGCUGUUCCUCGUCGCCUUGGCUGUAGCUGCUGGGCCAGCCCAGGCACUGCGCUGCCACGUGUGCAGCAGCUCCAGUAACUGCAAGAAGCCGCAGGUCUGCUCAGCCAGCUCCAGCUUCUGCAAGACUGUGAUCAGGAUGGAGCCUCUGUCUGGGAACCUGGUAGAGAAGAACUGCUCUGAGUGGUGCACGCCCACGAACAGCCAGCAGGGCCAAGUCAGCAAGGGCCAGGAGACCACCCUGUGCUGCAAUGGCGACCUGUGCAACGAGGGUCUGCAGAGCUGGCAGAGCGCCGCGCCCUCCUGCACCAGUGCCCACCUCGGCCUGGCACUGGCCUGCGGCCUCCUCGCCCUCCUCUGGGCCCCUGGCCUGUGA